GUCCCCGAAACCUAUGGCCCAGGCGGCCUUGGGUAUUUCUGCUCAAGGUAACCACAUCCCUCUUUUAAAAUUCCGCCUAAAAAGAGAAGACGCUUUACCCGACUCUUUGGGCCGUAAUCUCACGGCGAACUUUCUGACCAAGUAUACAGCUACCUAGAGGGCCUAGGAGAAGUGCAGUAUAGAGAGCAGUUCGACUUCAACGCUGAGCCACCUUGGGAAGCUAGAUGAUGAUAGGCGGGUUCCAUCUCCUAACUUGUCCAUUUUGUUGCAUAUUCUAAGGACCCAGAUGUAAGGCUUGGUGGCCCGUCUCUUGUUUUUCCUGGUUUAUGACUUUCGGCUUUGUGGAAUAUGGCUGAGAUGAAAGGAUUUAUUGACGAUGCAAACUACUCCGUUGGCCCGUUGGAUGAAGGAACAAACCUUGGAAAUGUUGUUGAUAACUAUGUUUAUGAACAUAUCCUGACAGGGAAAAAUGCAUUUUUUUGGGGAGAUCUUGGAAAGAUUGUGAAGAAACACAGUCAGUGGCAGAACACAGUGGCCCAGAUAAAGCCAUUCUACAUGGUAAAGUGCAACUCCACUCCAGCUGUACUUGACAUUUGGGCAGCUCUUGGAACUGGAUUUGCUUGUUCCAGUAAAACUGAAAUGGCUUUAGUGCAAGAAUUGGGUGUAUCUCCAGAAAACAUCAUUUACAUAAGUCCUGGCAAGCAAGAGUCUCAGAUAAAGUAUGUGGCAAAAGUUGGAGUGAAUAUCAUGACAUGUGGCAAUGAAGUCAAAUUGAAGACAAUUGCACAUGAUGACCCAAAUGCCAAGGUCUUACUACAUAUCGCAACAGAAGAUAAUAUUGGAGGUGAAGAGGGUAAAAAGUUUGGCACUACCCUGAAGAAAUGUAGGCAUCUUUUGGAAUGUGCUAAGGAACUUGAUGUCCAAAUUAUUGGGGUUAAAUUUCAUGUUUCAAGUGCUUGCAAAGAAUCUCAAGUAUAUGUACAUGCUCUAUCUGAUGCUCGAUGUGUAUUUGAUAUGGCUGGAGAAUUUGGCUUCGCAAUGAACAUGUUAGACAUUGGCUUCACAGGAACCGAAUUUCGAUUGGAAGAGGUUAAUCAUGUUAUCAGCCCUUUGUUGGAUGUCUACUUUCCUGAAGGAUCUGACACUAAGAUAAUUUCUGAACCCGGAAGCUACUAUGUGUCUUCUGCAUUUACACUUGCAGUUAAUAUCAUUGCAAAGAAAGUUGUUGAAAAUAAGUUUUCCUCUGGAGUAGGAAAAACCGGAAGUGAUGAACCAACCUUCAUGUAUUAUAUGAACGACGGUGUUUAUGGUUCUUUUGCAAGUAAACUGUCUGAGGACUUAAAUACCAUUCCAGAGGUUCACAAGAAAUACAAGGAAGAUGAGCCUCUGUUUACAAGCAGCCUUUGGGGUCCAUCCUGUGAUGAGCUUGAUCAAAUUGUGGAAAACUGUCUUCUUCCUGAGCUGAAUGUGGGAGAUUGGCUUAUCUUUGAUAACAUGGGAGCAGAUUCUUUCACGAACCAUCUGCUUUUAAUGAUUUUCAGAGGCCAGCUAUUUAUUAUAUGAUGUCAUAUAGUGAUUGGUAUGAGAUGCAAGAUUCUGGAAUUACUUCAGACACAAUGAUGAAGAACUUCUUCUUUGUGCCUUCUUGCAUUCAGUUGAGCCAAGAAGACAGCUUUUCCACUGAAGCUUUAGCAGGCAUU